AUGGUGAACUACCUCGCAAACUGCAAGCUCACCAACGAGUGGCAGUUUGCGGCGGCGACCAAGCGGGACGAGGCGGCCGUGAAGGCCGCCCACUUCCGCAAGGUGGUGAAGCACCCGCAGAUGGCGGCGACGGAGCGGAACGCGCGGGAGGUGCGGGAGGAGCGGGACGCGGAGCAGCAGAAGGCGGCUGCCGCCAAUGCGGCGCAGGAAGCGGCGGAGGAGGUGGCAAAGGCACGGGCCGACGCCGCGGCCAAGGCCCAGGCAGAUGCCGCAGCCGUGGCGCAGGCGGAAGCUUUGCGCAACCAGCCUCGGCUCGUCAUUCCCCUUCACGCUGUGGCGCUAGAGAUCCCAGUGCCCCCGCCGGAGGGGGCCGAGGCCAAUGCCGACCUGCGGCAGCAGCUGGGUGAGGCCCAGACCGCCCUUCGCGCCAAGGAAGCUGAGUACAACGCCUUGGCUCAGGAGCGUGGCCGCUUGGUCAAAAAGCUGGCCGACCAGGAGGAGAGCCACAAGGAGGCCCUAAAGGCAGUGAAGGACAGCGAGGCCGUCCUCCAAGAUGAAUACGAGAGCGAGGCGGUGAGCUGGGCUGAGGCAAAACAGACGCUGAAGUACUUCCCCGGUUAUUCUGUUGCCGCCAGCCAAGUCAUCGAGGCCCAUCGCGACGCGUAG